AUGAGCUCCAGUUUAACUGCACGUGAUAAACGUGUUGCAGAAUGGUGGUGGCAGGAUUUAGUGGGCUAUUCAGGUCAGCGACCCAAUCACAAAAGUUCGCAGGUUUACAUGAAAACUCUCAUUGAUAUAGCUGCAGCUGAUGGGGUGCUCCACGAGAAAGAACUCAAGUAUAUAUUGGGUAUGGCUUCUGUCGGAGGACAGGAUGAACAUCUCAUCAAGGAACUUGAAGCAUAUCGACCAGGUACUUCCAUUGAUACUCAGAAGAUGUUUAACGAUACAGACAUGGCUUAUGUGGCAUCCACUCGAUCAAGUCUCAUCUACUUUGCACAUCGGGCGGCAUCCGCCGAUGGUGAAUUACACCCAAAAGAAUUGGAAGCCAUUCAUGCUGUUGCCAGAAAACUAGGUAGUAGUGACGAAGAAAUUCAAAAGGUGCUUGCUCUAUGUGAUGAAGAAGAAAAACUGCGUAAAAAACGGAUAUCAAUUCUUUAUCCACAAGGUCUUGGCACGGCUAUAAACAGCUACGAAGAAAAGUUUUCGUAA